AUGUCAAUAUAUUUUCGCCGACAGUUAAAUGACUGCCCUGCGGGUUAUUCAUGGUAUAGGUGUUCCAAGGGACCCUUUGCAGGAUGUUGUGGUGUCGACCCUUGCGACAUUGGGAUUUGUCUCGAUGCUCCUUUAGACGAAACGGUUAUCUAUGUUUCCACUGACUCUUUGUCCUCAUCAACAACGAUACGUACGACAACAACACGCUACACCUCCAAGAUAGAGCUUCCUACAUCGCCGUCAACCCAUCCUACCGCCACUAGAACUUCCACCCAGACAGUUAGCCAUGACCCAGCUAAGACAGCGGCCGAAACGAGUUCCCCAGUACCAGGAACUAGUUCCCCAGCGCCUGAAGCCGGACCAAGCCGCUUCAAUAUAGGACGGCUAAUCGCCAUAGUUGUCCCGAUAGGUGUUGCUGUGAUCUUGUUACUCGCACUUGUAUGGUUUGCCUCUAGGCGACAAAGAAAAAGAAAUGUUGCGCAGGAGGGAUCGCCUCCCGAAGUUUCCUCUAAACCCCCUUGGUUUAGAGGGAGUGUUUUAGCCUCCCGUGCUAGCUUAUUUAGCAGUGAAAAGCAACUAAGCCAUAACCAACCUUUAUCUGGUAGAGCAGAAGGCUAUCAAAACAAAAAUGAGAUCAAAGAUCUCUAUGAUAACAAUCAGCUUUUGUCAGAGCCCAUGGCUCUAGCUGCAAGUUCCGAAACAAAUGGCAGUAGAUCUCCUCCGGCUGGGCUAGCUCCGCCUAUGUAUAGCAGUCUAUUAAACCCACCGCACGAGAAUCAAGCUGCUGUGCUAUUGGAAUUACUGGGUUCCAUUCCCCAAGGUCCACCAAUCGAAUUAGACGACACGAGCUGUGAUCGGAUCACGGAUCUUUCUUCCUCAUCAGAAGCCGAUAAAUACUCCGCCGUCAUAAAGGGCGUCUUGUCCCGUUCUAAACCUCCGACAAGCAGCCACACCAAAAGGAACAAGGCCAUUGAGCGCAACAAUGCAUUAGGCGGGUCAUUCUUGCACCAGUCUGGAGGAUCCAAGCACGUAACGAGGUUUAUGAAUCAUAAAACCGAACAGAUUGACUUGUUGACGCAAGUUAUCCUCCUUGGACCUCAAAUCUUGUUGGCCCUUAAGGACCAACAUCUUCACGUACUUCCGACUUUCGCCCCAGUAUUCCGUUGGCAAAGAAGAGUUGAAGAGCCACAAAGUGCUGACCUGGUGGAUUGCACGCCUUUCCGAUUUUCAAAUCUAGUGAAGUCGGGUCUCUUCUGUGACAACUAA